AUGUCAAUUCUGAAAAAGGGAAACAGAAAGCUGGUUAUGACAGGAGCCAAGGGAGGAGCUACUACUCCGAUUAAGUGCUUCAAGUGUGGUAUCAAAGGACAUCAAUCUUCUAAGUGCAUAAAAGAUGAUAGGAAGUGUUUCAAGUAUGGCAGAAAGGGUCACAACGCUAAUGAUUAUAGAGUUGGUUCGAAUGUGACUUGCUACAAUUAUGAUUGUGUUAAGAGAUUGAAUCUUAAAUUGUUUGAUAUGCAUGGAAGUAUGAUUAUUGAUACGCCUAUUAUGGGAUAUGUGUCUACUUCUUUUGUGUGUUUAAGUUGUACAUUGAGUAUCUUUGGUAGAGAUUUUGGGAUUGAUUUAGUGUGUCUCCCGUUAGAUCAAAUUGAUGUUAUUCUUGGUAUGAACUGGUUUGAGUACAAUCAUGUUUAUAUUAACUGUUUUGAUAAGACAGUUAUCUUUCUUGAUUUUGGUGUUGAGAAGGAUUUGUUUUUGUUUGCUAAGCAAGUGAAUGAGUCUGAGCAUGAUGAUGUUGUGUUGUUGGCUUUGAUGGCAACAUUGGACGUUUGUGAGAAGCGAGUGAUGGGUGAUUUACCUAUUUUCCGUGAUUUUCCUGAGGUGUUUCCCGACAUGUAA